AUGUCGGCGAAACUGCGUGCGAGCAGCUUGCCGUCACAGGCUGGCCUGAUGAGGAUGCGAGGUGAUCUUCGUGGUACAUCUGCACGAUUCCGGGUUCAGCUGGACAAGCCCAGUCCAGCCACGAUCUAUUCGGACCCCAUCUCCCGAAUUGGCAUGGAGGUCAAGCGCCACGAUUCGAAUGCGAGGUUGGUCGUCAAUGACGUCGACGAGAAUCCAAGGCAAAGGACACCGGUGGCCCAGUGGAACACUGCCGAAGAGCGGCAGGCAGACCGUGGUGAUGAGGAACAGCAUGCCAGCCACGCAAUCAAGCCAGGUGACCGCAUCAAGGCGGUGAACAACCACAAUUCUGCAACUCUGAUGCUCAGCGAGCUGCAGGAAGCCGCGAAGCCGGAGGAGCCACGCCCCGUGAACCUGGAGGUGUCACGAGAUAUCUCGAAUGUGCUGGCACCAUCACCUCCGAAGCCGAAAACAUCUGCGAGUGUGCCUGCGCUGAUCCCGGAGGGAGGGCCUUCCUCCAUGAGCCGCCCGCCCAAACCACCCAGGAAGGUUACCCAGCAGGUUCCUUGCUUGACCUUCGUAGACAUGUAG